UAUAAGGAAAAUAACGGAUUGAACACCGAAGCAUUUGCAUAAAACAAAACAAAAUUAAUGAUAAGAAAUGUCCUCUUUUGAACUCUUCCUUCUGCAAUAGUUUUCUUUUUAAUUCUUUUGUGUUCCAUUGGAGACCAAACCUGAAGAAGAAAGCUCCAAAGAAAAUCUCCUUUAAUCUUUGCAAAAUAAAACAUGUCGGAUCCACUCUAUAUAUUUAAUAAAAAGUAUCAAUCCGAGACAGUAGUUGAAUCUCUGUUAUCUUCAAGCAAUUUCAGAUCUUCAAUGCCUGCUCAACAACUCCAGUCCUUGAGAGUCUUUGUGGCUACAUGGAACGUGGGAGGAAAGUCUCCUCACUCUGGUCUUGAUCUUGAUUCCUUGUUUCACGUCCACAGCGAGUUCGAUAUAUACGUUUUAGGUUUUCAGGAGAUUGUUCCAUUGAAUGCUGGAAAUGUUCUUGUGCUGGGAGACAACGAGCCUGCUGCUAAAUGGUUAUCUAUGAUCAACCAGUCCUUGAACAAAUCCUCAUCAUCAUCAUCCUCUGGUGGAAGAUUUGUCCCAAAACCACCAGCUUUUGGCGCUGGGUCCAUGUUCUUUGUGAAACCCUCUUUGAAGAAGAUAAGUGAGAACUUCAGAACGGGGUGCAGGAGAAAGCUGAAGAUCUGUAACUGCAGUUCCUUCUCUGAAGAGAUUUCGAGAAAGUAUGGGAGAGAAUCUUGUUUCAGAUGUCCAGAGUCUCUUGUUAACCAAACUGAUUUAUUCUCUGAUGACGACGAAGAAGAAGAUGAUGAUGAUGAUGAAGAAGAAGAAGAUGAGGAAGGAGGAGGAGGGAAGGUUGCUUCUAUUGUAAGCAACCAGAUGAUGAUGAAGUAUGGUCUUGUGGCAUCAAAGCAAAUGGUGGGAAUAUUCUUGACUGUGUGGAUGAGAAAGGAACUUAUUCAACAUGUGACUCAUCUCAGAAUCUCAUGUGUCAGCCGUGGAAUCAUGGGUUGCUUAGGAAACAAGGGAUGCAUAGCUGUGAGUCUACAGCUAUACAAGACCAGCUUCUGCUUCAUUUGUAGUCAUCUAGCUUCCGGAGAGAGAGAAGGAGAUGAACGUCGCAGAAACUCUGAUGUGAUUGAGAUCCUGAAGAACACAAGUUUCCCUAGAAUCUGUAGAACGUCUUUCACCCGUGUUCCCCAUCGAAUCACUAAACAUGAUCGAGUCAUCUGGCUUGGAGAUUUGAACUACAGAAUAGCUUUAAGUUACUCAGAAACAAAGUCCCUCUUGGAUAAAAACGCUUGGGACACUCUUCUCAAUAAAGAUCAGCUCAAGAUUGAGAGAGACGCAGGAAGAGUGUUUAAAGGAUGGCACGAAGGAAAAAUCUUCUUUGCACCGACUUAUAAGUACUCUUAUAACUCAGAUGCUUACGCUGGAGACACUACCAAAGAGAAGAAGAACAAGAGAAGAACUCCUGCAUGGUGUGACAGGAUUCUUUGGCACGGUGAUGGAACUCGGCAGCUCUCCUAUGUUCGCGGCGAGUCGAGAUUCUCCGAUCACCGGCCCGUCUGCGCCGUGUUUGUCGUCAACGUUGAGGUUUGCGAGGGUAAAACCGGAACUAGGAGACAAUAGCUUACAUCAACUGUUGAAAGAUAUCUUAGUAGAUACUAAAAAAGGCCACACCGUUCUAAAUGUUAUUACAACAUAGUCACACUACUCACUAGCGUGUUGUGAAAAAGGUGGACAGUAGACAUAGUUUCCUUGGUAAUAUUGACCGACCAAACCAAAAACUCCGCAACUCUUUCGGUUUGUAUCAGCAAUAUCAACAAAACAAAACAAAAAAAUCAGCUGUUUAUUUUGCUUAAUAAAUUUCCCAACUAA